GGAGAGCAUAUUUAAUUUUGAUGUUAAUUGGAGGGACAGUUUAGUAAUUUCAAGUAAUUCUGCUCAUGUGUUCUAUUCCUGUAUUCCCCCCUCCCUCCCGCAAAUUCUCAUCACAUUCCUUCAACCAUGGGUUUCGGAGCAAUAAGAUCCGUCGCCCGACCCGUUUCCAGAGCUCUCCUCUCUCACCGGAACGCCUGGGCUUUUUCAUCCAUAGCGUCGCCCGCCACCUUAUCCUCUCUAUCGCCUGAGCUCCGGUGGAUUGCCGGCCCUAAGCUUCCGUGGAUUCCGCCGUCCUCCGCCUUCCACAGCCUAACGGACACUCGGUAUCCGAAGCGAAGGCCCGUCGACAAGCCUAAACGCAAACGACCAGUUCCGGAACCUCCUGGCCCCUAUUCUGGUGUUCCUAGGCGAUUGCCUCAUGAUCCAAAACCCCAAAAGAACCCCAAUGAAGGAAGUGUUAAGAGAAGGAACGAGAAGAAGAGAAUCAAGCAACACAAGGCUUUUAUUUUGUCUGAAAAGAAGAAGCGCACGGCGUUAGUGCAAGAAGCAAAAAGGAAGAAACUGAUGAAAAGAGUGGAGCGAAAGAUGGCUGCAGUUGCAAGGGAAAGGGCGUGGGUUGAAAGACUAGCAGAAUUGAAGAAGCUUGAGGAAGAGAAGAAGAAGAAGGAGGCUGCCAUGGCUUAGCCUUCCUCUCUGCAAAAUGCAAAAAGGUCUAUAACAAGGUUGGUUGCUUUAUGGAGAUUGUUGCCCCUUUCCUCAAUAUUCGUUUUUUAAUAGAUUAUUUUGUUCGAAAUGGAAAUUUCAAAGGAAUUGAAGUUCUCUGUUCGAGUGAUUUCAAUUUCAAUGCAUCUCCCUUGGAACAUCUUGGAAACAACCUAUUUACUCUUCAUAGUAGGGGUAAGGUUUUUGUAAUUUUACCAGUUUUUUGUGUAUUUUGGUUUUGUUGUGAGAAAGGGAAUAAGGAAAAUUUACUGUU